AUGACAGAUCACCAGGAUUUGAUUGCGGAGAUUGCCUCCGUGGAGAAGAUGGCCACCCAGGAUAGAUUAAAACAUGCAAAAAAACGUAGAUCCCAGCAACUUAAAAAAUGGGCAAACUACGAAAAACAAUUAGAAAAGGAUUCAAAACGUAAAAAAUCAAAGAAUCAACAACGAAGGAGUGGCAGUCGGGCAAGAGUUAGGUUUCCUGGAAAAAUAGUUUUACUGGAGGCAGCGGCCAGGAACGAUGUUGAUGAUGUGAGGAGACUUCUGACCCAAGGUGUGAACCCUAAUUCCACUAAUGAAGAUGGACUGACAGCCCUUCACCAGUGUUGUAUAGAUGACAGUGAGGAGAUGCUGAAGUUGUUGCUGGAGUUUGGAGCCCAAGUGAAUGCCCAGGACAGUGAGAUGUGGACACCAUUACACGCUGCUGCCACCUGUGGGCAUGUACACCUCUGUAAACACCUCAUUGACAAAGGGGCAGAAUUAUUAGCUGUGAAUGCUGAUGGAAACAUGCCAUAUGACAUCUGUGAGGAUGAAGUGACCUUGGAUUACAUAGAGACAGAAAUGGCAAAGAGAGGUAUCACUCAGGAAGAGAUAGAUGAGACGAGGUUGAUAGCAGAGAAAGAAAUGCUAAAAGACAUGGAAUACAUUGUGUCCCAGAAUGGCAACCUGGAGUAUUACACAGAAAACGGCACAACUCCACUCCAUAUUGCGGCUGCCAAUGGAUACAUGCAUGUGGCAGAAUUUUUGUUGGAUCAUCAUGUCUCUGUGGAUAUGCGAGACAGGGACUCAUGGCAACCAAUCCAUGCUGCAGCGUGUUGGCUACAGCCGGAAAUGAUAGAACUAUUGGUUAGGAAUGGUGCAGAUAUUGACUCCAAAUCCAAAAAUGGAGAGACACCUUUCGAUUUGUGUGAGGAUGCUGAAAUCAAACAGAAGAUCCUUGACAUGAAGGAUGAGAUAGAGAACAACAAAGCCAGUCGAUCCAAAGAUAACGUUCGACGACAUAAACACAACACAAGAUCGGGUACAUCUUCCACCUUCUCUAAUAGUUCGGCAUCAUUAUAUAGUUCCAGUACCUCUCUGAGUGACAAACCACACAGACAUAAGGGAACGACCCAAGAACAGCACCACAGUGCCUCCAUCAGGAGAAGUAGCAUGCGUGGAGAGAAGAAUCCGCUGUUUAUGAAAGAAGCCAAAGAGGAAGCACUUCACUUUGGCUGGAGGAAGGAUAAUGAUGAGGAUAUUGUGGAAGAUGAAAAAGAAAACCUUCCCUCAACAAAUAUUGAUGAUGUGCAGCUUAUUAUUGAUGAUGUGGAUGACAACAAGCGUAAACCCCAGUCCUUCAUGGAAACUUCACUCAAUGGGAACACUGACACUGUCGAGCACUCGCGCAUUAUUUCAGAUACAAUGGAUAUUCGCAGGCAACAGCACAGAAAUAGUAAAUCGAAAUCACCUAACGAAACAAAAACUGUUCAUCGAACUUCAACUGCAGACAGACCCUCUGCCCCAGAAUCAACAACCAAUCAGCAGUCAGGACAGGGGUCAGGUCCACAGGGAGGUCCAGUGUUAACAAAAAGACACAGUUUCACAAGGAAGUCAGAACAGAGCCCACCAUUACGGCAGAAGACUGAACCUUUAGAAGAGGAGCAACAAAUAAACGAAGAAGGUGAAGAAGAACCUGGCCAAGGAUCAAAGGUCAGGUACCCUUCAGGAACACCUUCAAUUACUCUGUCAGAUUUGAAAAAACAAAGGUCUGAUUCACGUAGUCGGGAAAACAGUGUAAUUGACACACAGGUACAGAACCUGUUCCUCAGCAGCCUCAACAGUAACAGCAAGAAAUACAGCAGCUCCACACUGCCCAAGGGGGACAACUCUGAUCAUCAUACUGACAGCAACGGCCACAAUAACAAUAUGAAGUCUUAUCCUAAUCAUUCAGAAGGUAUACGGCGCUUCACUGCUCCCGGUCACUCCCCGGCUGUUGGGAGUGAUGAGAAACAGGGCUGCUGUGUCAUCUUGUGA